CGAGAGCGUGCUUUAAUAUCCCUCAUUCUGUUGUCAAAUACAGUUGAUUGCCAAAAAAGCCAUCAUUUACUUGAACAUCAGUUGGACUUAAUCCUAGGAACCGCCAUGAGCCCGAUACUGAGCGUGUCGACAAAAAUUGAGAUUGCGGCGUCUCCAGCUGCUGUCCGAUCAGUGUUCUUAGACUUUGCCCGAUACACGCAAUGGAAGCCAGGCUGGAUCAUCCAGCCGGCUGACGCUAGCAAGCAGCCGCUCGACCUGAAACCUGGCGAUGGCCUCAAAGUCAGCAUGGACGGAAAGGCUCAUAACCCAGUGGUAGUGGAAAACUCGCCCAAAUCUUUCCAAUGGGAAGGAUCACUGUUCGGGCUUGGAAAAGGCGUCCAUCAGUUUCACUUUGAACCAAGCGGAACGAAUCCAGGAGGCACCACGUUUACACAAGGAGAGGAUUUUCGAGGACUCUUGAUCACACUCUCCUCGCCGUGGUGGAGUGGAAGGAAGUUUGAUAUGGGCCCUUGGGAUAAGUUUAAUGCCGAUCUGAAGAACGAGGUGGAGAAGUCUUCGAACUAGGGCUCCAGGCGCAUUUCACUUUCUUCUAAGCGCUCAAAGACACAGAAGGCUGCUCUCAUCUGCUACGAAACUAGCAGGCCGACCGACCAAAGAGUUAUCUCGCUCUUGCUCCUCAUCUAGUGCUGUCUUUUCCAUUAUAUAGCGAUUCUACUACUAUCACCAUCACAUACGACCAUAGGUAGAGGAGAAUUCGGGGUCCCGUCUGCUCCCCCAUAGACAAGCCUCUAACCGGCAGAUUAGUAGUUGAGUGGGUGACCAUCAGCGAACACCGGCUGUUGUAUGUUUUUUCUUUUUUGGUAGUCAUGAUAAUUAGUAUAUUAUUUGGGAUCGAAGUUGUCCGCUUGCUUUGCUGUCAUGUAUGCAACCAUGGGAGGCGACUUGCAC